AUGCUUCUUAGCAUCUUCACCAUCCACACCGUUGACCUCACCUUGGAGUCCAAAAUCUCGCAAAUGGGAAUUCUAAACACCUCGUGUGGACAGGAUGCCAUGAAUACACACAGCUGGACUUACGAUCGUGCCGACCCGACAGCCGACAACCGAUAA